GCAUGUCAGUUAGACUGGAGCAGUCGGUUGUGCGGCCGCCAGACAGAGCAGAGACUGUCAAGGAUAGCGUGCGGUCAUGUCCCGGAAUUCGUCAUUAUAAAUCAAACCAUGUAACCAGAGUAAAAUACUCAGAUGUCCGGAUACGUACUACCAGUUCUAAUCCUGUUGCACCGCUUCUCAGUUCCGGAAGGUUUAAUUCUCGAAGGACCAACUUUUGUGGAAGAGCCACCGGGACACGUGGGUUUUAUCAACACCCAAGGUACUGAGAUACGAUGUAGAGCCCAAGGUUUACCUGCACCGUCAGUUCAGUGGUUGUUGCAGGAUAGCAGACCCGUGUCUCCUGUGCCUCAAUUGUUAGAAGUCAAGGAAGACGGCACUUUAGUUUUUCUUCCCUUUCUAACAGAGGAUUAUAGAUCAGAGAUCCAUGAUACUAUAUAUCGUUGCACCGCCAGAAACGUCAUAGGGGUUGUUAGUAGCAGAGAAGUCAGGCUAAGAGCAGCUUUAAUGCAAGAUUAUGAAGUACAAGUGUAUGAUCAGUAUGCGAUUUAUGGUACAACAACUGUGUUUCGCUGUCACGUAAAGAGUCCAAUUCGAGAUUACAUUCGUGUUACAGAAUGGAAGAUAAAUGAUAACUUAACAAUCACUGCAUCAGAAACAGAACCGAAUGUUGUGGAUAAAUAUGUUGCUUUCCCAACUGGAGAAUUACACGUGCAUCAAGUAACGCAUUCCGAUGGGCAUUCGAAAUUUAAGUGUAAAACUGUUCAUAAAUUGACUGGAGAUCGGAAAAUCAGUAAAGCUGGAGGACGUAUUGUCGUCACAGAACCUGUUGGAGGAAUGUCACCAAAAAUUAUUCAUAGUAAACCAAAAGUAUGGGCUACUCACGGCCAAACUGUGAUGCUACCCUGCGCUGCUCAAGGUCAACCUCCACCGAAUUAUACAUGGGUCAGGAAAGAGAAAGGCAGAAACACUAUGAAAAACAGGAUCCAACAGAGCAUUCACGGCACUUUAAAAAUCCCAGGAGUUAUAGCCGCUGAUAGCGGCCGUUAUAUAUGCUACGUUAAUAACAGCCAAGGUACAGAUACAGCAGAAACUGAACUGGUAGUCACAGUACCUGUAAAGGUGAAUAUAGAUCCGCAUCGUUUGGUAGUAUUAACUGGAGAAUCUGCAACUUUGACGUGUAACCAAGUGGGACAUCCCAUAGAUUCAGUGCUGUGGAUGAAAGAUUUACAUCACUUGACAGAAGAUGGACGAGUUCAAUUCGUAGGUCGAAAUGUUCUACACAUUCCAAUUGUAUGGAAGAAAGAUCAAGGAAUGUACCAGUGUUUCGUUUAUAGUUCGGGUACGACCGAACAGGCCAUUGCUCAACUAACCGUCGGGGACAUAGGUCCUGUGUUGCACGACACAUUCGGAGAGAGAAUUGUGCAUCCGGGUCAAUCUGUCAGCUUCCGGUGUAUGGCUUCCGGCCACCCCCUACCGGAAAUCACCUGGUACGUGAACAGACAACCAAUCGUCAAUGAGGAAAACUUGAAAGUAAGCGAUUAUGUCACAUCCCAAGGCCAAGUUGUCAGUAUGAUCAAUUUGACAGACGUCACUGUCAAUGACAGCGGUCUUUAUGAAUGCAUGGCUCAAAGCAGUGUUGGUAGAGCCAAUCAUGUAGCUAGAUUAAAUGUCUAUGGACCUCCAGGGAUUCGCCCAAUGGCUAAUGUCACUGUUAUAGAAGGUCAGAAUCUAUAUUUGGAAUGCCCCGUGACGGGUUAUCCUUUGGAUUCUAUUACGUGGGAAAAAGGUGGAAUCGAGCUUCCUCUAGCUAGAAGACAUUACACGUAUCCCAACGGUACUUUAUUGGUGCAAGAAGUACAGAAAGAUUACGAUCAGGGAUCUUAUACAUGCGUCGUUCGUAGUCAAGGAAUAUCUCAAAAGAGAUCGGUAGCAGUAAUUAUUACAAAGCCACCGAAAAUAAUCCCUUUCGAAACUCCGCGUGUACGUGAAGGUACAUUAGUGGUUCUGACGUGUGCCAUUAAUCAAGGCGAUCCACCUUUUGAUUUGCAAUGGUUCAAGAAUGGGCAAUCGGUAAUUGCAGAAAUUGGAUUGACUGUUCAAAGACACGAUAUGUUUUCUAUUUUGGUAUUUUCCGAAGUUAAACGUCAUCACGCUGGCAAUUACACAUGUUUAGCUAAGAAUGCAGGAGGUUCUGCAUCACACAGCGCUCUCUUGAUCGUAGACGUUCCUCCUCACUGGCUGAUAGAACCUGAAAAUGCAUCAGUUAUCUUAGGCCAAUCAAUAACAUUGGAUUGUAAAGCCGAAGGACUUCCUCCUCCGACUAUCGUCUGGAAAAAAAGUCAAGGAAUCAUGGCAAGGGAAUUCGAACCAGUAUAUAAUAGUUACAAUUACAUUCUCUAUGGAAACGGAUCACUAGGAAUUAGAGAAGUGGAAUCCGCAAACAGUGGUUACUAUCUAUGUCAAGCCAAUAACAACGUUGGUGCAGCUAUCAGCAAACUAGUAACAAUAACUGUUCACACUCCUCCCCAGUUUGAAACAGAGCACACAGUAGAAACAUUUCGCCUUCACUCUUCACUAGAACUUUUAUGUUCAGCCAGCGGAGAAUUACCUUUAGAAGUGACUUGGAGCAAAGAUGGAGUGACCAUAUCCAAUCGAACAGACGACACAUUUCGUUUCGGGUUUCAAGAAAUAAAUACUGGUAUUGAAGCUACUCUAAUUAAAUCUAAAGUUGUAGGAAACGAUUCUGGUUUAUAUGCUUGCACAGUAGGGAAUGCUUAUGGUGUUUCUGAAGCAACAUUUCAAGUUAUAGUGCAAGAGGCUCCAGCAUCACCUUCCAAUAUCGAAGUGGUAGCUAAAACAGGAAGGAGUUUAACCAUCUCGUGGCAAGAACCAUUUGGAGGACAUAGCGCAAUUACGGGAUACAUUGUUCUAUAUAAAAUAAAAGGAGGAGACAAGUGGCAAAAUAUCAGUAUAUCUGGAAUUUCCACUACAGCUACAAUAUCUGGCUUACAACCCGCUACGUAUUAUAUUUUGCGCGUUUUAGCAGAAAAUGCCAUAGGCAAAAGUAAUUUAAGUAAAAUUAUAACAACCUCAACGGACGAAGAAGUACCCGGAGGGCCGCCGCUACGAAUAAAAGCAUCACCUACAGGACCCAAUUCUAUUAAAGUAUCAUGGGAGCCUCCUAAUAAAUCACUGUGGAAUGGCAACAUCACAGGAUAUUUUAUUGGGUACAAAAUCCUUUCGUCUAACGAUCAAGCCUUGUUUAAAACCAUUAACCUGAGUUCGGGAAAAGAGUUAGAAGUUCAUCUGACUAAUUUAAGAAGAUCUACUAAAUAUUCUGUUUCCGUUCAGGCUUUUAAUGGGAAAGGAACUGGACCUCGAUCCGAUGAGUUGGUAGUUCAGACAUUAGCAGAUGUACCUCCAACUGCUCCAUUUCUUCACAUUGUGACAUCAACUACUUCAUCCAUUACUCUUAGCUGGUCUCAUAAAAGGACGUUUUCAAGUCCCGUAAAAGAGUGCGUCCUCCAUCACAAGAGGGAAUAUGGAGAAUGGAAAGAAACCAAAGUCAUCACUCAAACCAGUACUUAUACCAUUUCAAGCCUAGAUUGUGGCACCCGUUAUCAAUUCUUCAUGGUUUGCCACAAUAGCGUAGGAAGAAGUGAACCUAGUGAAAUUGUUCAGGCCACAACAUCUGGUGCAGCACCAGUAUCACCUUCUAAAGAAGAUUUUGUCCAACCGAAUUCGACUUCAUCCAUUCUUCACCUAUCCAGUUGGCAAAAUGGAGGAUGCCCUAUCAAAGAGUUCACACUCAAGCUCAAACCUAAAUAUAAAAGUCAGUGGUCAUCUUUGGAAACUAAAUUGCCGUCUGAUCAAUCAAAAUAUGUGAUACAGUCUUUAACUCCUGGAACUUGGUACUCAAUAAAAGUAACUGCCUAUAGCAGUGCAGGAGCCACUGAAGCCCAAUACGAGUUUCAGACUUCAAACGAAACGGAAGUUAUUGAAAUUCAUCAGCCUCAAUCCUCAGAACUCGCCCCGUUCUAUUUAGAGAUUACGUUUCUGAUCCCCGUUAUCACCUCAUCUGUUAUUGUUAUCAUUAUCAUUAUUGUUGGUUGCGUUUUAUGUAGGAGGCGAAAUUCGCACAGAAGCACGAUAAGCAGUGUUAUUUUACUUAUUGUAGAUGGUUCCGGAAGCUCAAAAUCUCGCCAAGGAGGUCUGGAAGCCAUGGCAUUGAAAGACAUAACUAACAACGGUUCAAAUCAACAGCCAAUAGGAAUCUCAGGAGAUGACGUCAGCCGUCCCGUAUCAUCCGUGGUACCCAUUACAGGAAUGGCAGGCACCAGAGAAGAAACACAUUGUUACGCCACACCGUAUGACACAAUACCCGAGAUGUCAGUGGGAGAUCAAACACCAAUAUCCAUCGUUCGGACAUUAAAUCGUCCAACAGUUCGAGACAAAAAAGGAGACAACUUGUACAUCACCAGCUCUUCCAAGAUCGACCGUAUGAGGCCUUGAAGGCUGACGUCCAACCACCGUUUCCCUUAUUUAGGGUGGAAGACGUCUGAUCCAUCGCCAAAAUGUUCUUUCUAACGCAAUUCGAAU